AUGAGAGGUUUAGAGAAUUUUAUUAAUGAUAUAAGGGUUGCUAAUAGCGCUGAGGUUCAAGAACAAAGGAUUCAGUUUGAGUUAAGAAAUGUUAAGGCGAAGUUCGGUUUGAAAAAUCUUAGUGGUUAUCAGAGGAAGAAAUAUGUUGCAAAAUUAGCUUAUAUUUACAUUACGACCAAUGCCAAGAAGCUUGAUGAGUUAGUUUUUGGAUUGGAGCAGUGCUUAAUACUGUUGAGAUCGAGGGUUUAUUCAGAGAAAUUUUUUGGUUAUAUGACUUUAGAGUUAUUUAUGUGUACUGGAGAUGUUGAGGAUAAAGUUGUUUACUCUGUGAUAGGGCAGUUGAAGGUAGAUCUGUGUUCAGAUGACGAAAAUUGUGUGGGAUUGGCUCUUAAUUACAUAGGUACUACUGGGGCGAUGUAUCGGACGCUAUGUAAUGAAAUGUUUUACCUGGUCUUUAAGAUCCUAUCGUCGCAUACAUCGUCUCCGAUGUUGAAAUCGAAGGCGUCGGUCACACUUUUAGCGAUGCUGCGCAAUACCGCCGAUUUGCUGUCGGGUCAGGAAGACUCUCGCCUUCAAGAUUGGACGCAGACGAUUUUUUCUCUAUUGGACGAUGACCGCGAACAUGGGUUAGUGAUGUCGGGGUUACCACUGAUUGAAUACAUGGCGCAGCACGUUGCCUACGACGAAUGUGUCAAGCUUGUACCUCGGCUAAUCCAACUGCUUUGCGAAUACCUGGACGCUGCGGAAUCCGCGUAUCAAACUUCUAAUAAUUCUCAAUACAGUACUACUCGAGAGUCGUUCUUAAUCAACAAUUUGGCGAGGUUGCUCAACGUUUUAAUAGGAAACGCGGCUACAGACGUGAACUUUAACAUCAGCAACAUUGACAAGAAGAGUUUGGCAACAUUAAGGCAUUAUGUUAGGAAAGCAAUUAAGUUUAAUAAACCUGAAGAUACUCCUUUGCCAUUGUGGGAUUCAAACAGCCUUGGGUUAAUAGAGCUGGCUUGUAAAUUAGAACCUUCUUCUGAAGCAAUUGCCGCAUGUAUCUCAACUCUCUCGUCUUUGUUAUCAUCAAGAUCUGGGAAUGCACGGUACCUGUCACUUGUGAUGCUAGCCAAAAUGGCAACUAUAGUGGGGCCUAAGGCUGAAGAUCUACUAAGAGAUAACCUGUUAACUAAGCUUUUCUCGCUUCUGAAAACCGAGCCGGACAUAUCAGCCAGUAGAAAAGCAGUUGAAUUACUUUCUAUACUUGCGAAUGAAGAAUACGCACAGGUGACUGUUACUGAACUGUUAAAGUUCGUACGUUCACGUGCCAAAACGUUAAAAUCAUUCGAAGUCGAUGUUUACAAGCAUAUAUCGAAGAUCCUGGAGCGCUUCCCUUCGAAUUUGGAGUGGUACGUUCUUUCCACAAUGAAAUUGUUGUAUUUAGUAGGAAACGAAGUCACUUUAGGCGAUGGGAAUGCCUGGCAGAAGGUGUGUCAAAUUGUUGUUAACAAUCCUGAUAUCCAGCGGGUUUCAUGUCUUCGCCUGGUUGACUAUGUCUCUUCUAGAGAUGCUACUGAAUCAAUUAUAAGAAUUGGAGCUUUUCUACUGGGCGAAUUUGGAGAUCUCGUUGUGCAUAAAAUUUCAAUAGGGGACCUUUUCAAUGUAUUUAUGCACCAGUAUGCCAAUGUCAGUGUAUAUACGCGGGCUAUGAUAUUAACGACCAUGAUUAAGCUAUUCCGUUUCAAUCCGAAAAUAAGCACUUCUGUGCUAAAAUUUCUGCAAUUGGAGCUCAACUCAGUGGAUAUUUCUUUACAGAGUCGUGCAUACCAGUACAUUAAGAUUAUCCAACUGAGCAAACUGAAGGAUGGUGACAUGAAACUGACGGAUUUGCUCUUCAGUGCAAUGCCUCCCUUCCCCGAAAUUAUCAAUAGUCAGGAUGUAAGCAACUGUAGCAGUCCUCCUUCUUCUGCAGGAUACGAACGCUCGGUCUUUGAAACUAAUGCCUUAAGAUCUACAACAAGUGGGAGUUCCAUUCCCAUUUCACCUCCGCAGUCACGUAGUGUAAGAAUUGAUUAUUCUUCAAUUGAGCUAUCAGAGCGCUGGGAAGAAGGAUUUAAAAGAAUGAUUCUGCACCAGCAGGGUAUCUUUUAUCAAGAUCUGUCAUUGCAGAUCCUUUUCCGUGUCAUCCAAGACCCCGAAGAGCCAUCGUUAUCCACUGUUACUCUAACGUUUGUGAACAAAGGCGUUUUUCCUCUAACAGGUUUUAAUAUAGGUUUGGUACCAAUAAGAACUGAUAAUACAGCAGAGUACGUAGUGGACGUCUUAGAAUCUGCUAACUUUACCGUUCAUUCGAAGGAUCGAACUGCCUUUGUUUUCAAAAUUCAAACACAGCGUCCUUUCUCAAUAGAGAAAGCUCCAAUCGUUCAGCUCAAAUAUAGGCACUCAGGCAAGAUCAACAAACUGAACCUGAAAAUUGGGUAUGGAGUUACUAGCACGCUAAAAGUCCCACCUACUCCGACUACUUUCCCCGAGUUUGUUCAACGAUGGAAAUCAAUCCACGAGUCUAUUGGAACUAUGGGAGAAUUUCAAGAAACUCUCGAAGCUAUAGAUAUGCCCAGACUAGAAACGAACCUUCGUAGAAUUGGGUUUGAACUUAUCAAGCAAGAAUCAAUCCUCAACACGUUGUUCGCUGUUAGCAUAGUGCAUACCAAAUCUGAAGGGAAAUUCGGUUCACUACUCAAGUUCCAUGCUGUAGACAAUAAAAUACAUACCUUGUGCAAAACUACUAGUCCAGGAGAGUUAUCUAAAGACAUCGUAGGUUGCAUAUUAAGUGCAAUUUAA